CGGCCGAUGAACAUAUCGAAUGUGAGUAAGGCAAAGCUUCUUCUUCCUCUGAUACCCAAAUUCAAUCGCUCGCUGUAUUCUCACUCUCAGCGUCGAACUCGCUCCCUUCCUCAUCACCGAGAAAAACCCAUCAACUGGAACUCCACACACAGUUUCGUUCUCCACAAUCCUCUUCUUUCGUUGCUCGAAAAAUGCAUAUCGUUGCUCCAUUUGAAGCAGAUUCAAUCUCAGAUGAUAAUCACCGGCUUGAUCCUGGAUUCGUUCGCCUCAAGCCGACUAAUUGCCUUCUGCGCCUUGUCGGAACCUCCGUAUCUCGAUUACUGUGUGAAGAUUCUGAGAGGAGUUGAGAACCCGAACGCUUUCUCUUGGAAUGUAACGAUUAGAGGAUUCUCCGAGAGCGAGAGGCCUAAAGAAGCGGUUUUGCUCUACAAACAGAUGCUGAGACAUCGCGAGUCAAGACCAGAUCAUUUCACUUACCCUGUUUUGUUCAAGGUUUGUGCUGAUCUUGCAUUGAAAAGAUUAGGUCACAUGAUUCUUGGGCAUGUUCUUAAGCUGAGAUUGGAGUUGGUUACUCAUGUGCAUAAUGCUUCGAUUCAUAUGUUUGCUUCUUGCGGUGAGAUGGAAAAUGCGAGGAAGGUGUUCGAUGAAAGUCCUGUGAGGGACUUGGUUUCUUGGAACUCUUUGAUUAAUGGGUAUAAGAAGAUUGGCCAAGCAGAGAUGGCGAUACAGGUUUAUAAGCAAAUGGAAUCUGAAGGAUUUGACCCGGAUGAUGUGACUAUGAUUGGGUUGGUUUCUUCGUGUGCAAUGUUGGGAAGUUUGAAUCUUGGGAAAGAGUUUUAUGAAUACAUAAAAGAAAACGGACUGAGAGUGACUGUUCCUCUUGCUAAUGCUCUGAUGGAUAUGUUCUCUAAAUGUGGAGAUAUUCACGAGGCACGGAGAAUAUUUGACAAGUUGGAAAAGAGAACAAUUGUGUCGUGGACGACAAUGAUUUCAGGCUAUGCUCGAUGUGGUUUGCUUGAUGUUUCUCGGAGGCUUUUCGAUGAUAUGGAAGUAAAAGAUGUUGUCCUGUGGAAUGCUAUGAUCGGUGGCUCUGUCCAUGCAAAUCGAGCUCAAGACGCUUUGGCAUUGUUCCAAGAGAUGCAGACAAGCAGUGUAAAGCCCGACGAAAUCACCAUGAUCCAUUGUCUCUCUGCUUGUUCUCAGCUUGGUGCUCUUGAUGUAGGCAUUUGGAUUCAUCGUUACAUCGAGAAACAUAGUCUUAGCCUCAACGUUGCACUAGGAACUUCUUUGGUCGACAUGUACGCUAAAUGUGGUAACAUCUCAGAAGCUCGCAAUGUUUUCCAUGAGAUUCAAACAAGAAACUCGCUUACAUACACAGCGAUCAUCGGGGGCUUGGCCCAUCACGGAGAUGCAUCCGCUGCUAUAUCAUACUUCAAUGAAAUGAUCGAUGAAGGGUUAGCUCCAGAUGAGAUAACUUUCAUAGGAGUAUUAUCAGCUUGUUGCCACGCAGGAAUGAUCCAAAUGGGUCUUGAUUAUUUCUCUCAGAUGAAGUCUAGAUUCAACCUAAAUCCACAGUUGAAACAUUACUCUAUUGUGGUAGACCUUUUAGGAAGAGCCGGGCUACUGGAAGAAGCAGAGAAGCUCAUGGAAAGUAUGCCAAUGGAGGCAGACGCUGCGGUUUGGGGAGCGUUAUUAUUCGGUUGCAGGAUGCAUGGUAACGUUGAGUUGGGAGAGAAAGCGACUAAGAAGCUUUUAGAACUUGAUUCUGGUGAUAGUGGGAUCUAUGUGUUGUUGGAUGGUAUGUAUAAAGAGGCUAAUAUGUUUGAAAAUGCAAAGCAAGCGAGGAGUAUGAUGAAUGAGAGAGGCGUAGAGAAGAUUCCGGGUUGCAGUUGCAUUGAGGUUAACGGAGUUGUCUCUGAGUUCAUUGUUAGGGAUAAAUCGAGACCUGAAUAUGAGAAGAUUUAUGGUUUCUUAGAUUUUCUUAGAAAACAUUUGGAGCUCGUUGAGUGUAAUGGUGGUGAGAAUUAUAUUACUUAAAUAGUAAUAAUAUUA